UGUGACUGCCAUUUGUUAUUUUCCAGGGAUUGUCUAGAGCCCCUGUUUUUCUUUCACUCAUUAUUUCCUUCUAAUUUGCAUAUAGCAAGUUAGAAAGAAACAAUCUCCUAAACUCAUCUUGUGUGCUAUGUAAGAAUGAUUCAGACAAAGAGGAACAAGUUCAGCAGAAGGCAACAAGGAUUAGCAGAGGACUGGAAAUCAAGCCCUACAAGGAAAGGCUAGAAGAACUGGAUGAAGGGGUUUCAAGUAAAAUUAAGAAGGCAAGAAAGACCACUGAACAAUGGAUCUGCAAGCUUUCGCCAUCAUUGUGCUAAGUUUGGUGGUCCUUGUGCGGGCAGCCGACCCUGACCAAUGCAUAUGUGAAGAUAAAAUGAAUACAUGUGUUGUCCGAGAUGGAUCCCCUGGAGUUAAUGGAUUACCAGGCAGAGAUGGAUUCCCAGGGCCUAAGGGGGAAAAGGGAGAACAAGGAUUAAGAGGAAUUCAGGGUCCCCCAGGGAAAGUCGGGCCUCCUGGCCAGAAAGGAGAUCAGGGUCCCACAGGACAGACAGGAUCACCUGGAAAAUGUGAUGAUUCAGAGCUCAGGGUACUUAAAACUCAGAUGCAGGAUUUGCACACUCAGCUGCAUGCUUUGAGAGAGGAAGUCACCAAACAUGUGAAAGUCCUACGUCUUCCUAAUGGCAUAAGAGUUGGUGAAAAAGUAUUCCACACCAGUGGCCUGAGGGGCGCAUAUGAGACUGCAGAAGCCAAAUGUGUACAAGCUGGUGGUGUGCUUGCUUCUCCCAGGAACGCUGAUGAGAAUCGUGCUCUGCUAGAAAUAAGGAAAUCCCAUAAUGAGAAUAUAAUCCUUGGAAUCAAUGAUAUACAAACAGAAGGCACGUUUAGAUAUCCAGGUGGAGAAACAAUUGGAUUUACGAACUGGUCAAAAAAUGAACCAAAUGAUGCAGGUGGAGAGGACUGUGUAGAGAUGCUUGAAAAUGGAUUGUGGAAUGACUUCCCCUGUAAUGGAGAAAAGCUCAUAGUAUGUGAAUAUUAAUUUAGAGGAAACAGUAUCAAUUUUAACUAUGACUUUUAACUGAUUAAAUAUUUCUUAGCUGAUCAAACAUCUACUUAACUGUUAUAUUUUUACAAUUAAUUUGCCUGUAUUCAAACACCAGUAAAAUCCUUUCUUGAGAAAAUAAAUACAUUCUGAGGUAA